UGUAUGUGAAGAAGCAUGGCGGUGGACGAGGAGGCCGGCAGACCCACAUGGAGCCGGCAGAUCGAGUUCACUCUGGCUGGGAUCGGGUGUGCGGUGGGACUGGGGAACAUCUGGAGGUUCCCGUAUCUGUGCUAUAGGAGCGGUGGAGGUGCGUUCCUGGUGCCGUACCUGCUGAUGCUGGUGGUGUUGGGGAUCCCACUGCUGCACAUGGAGCUGACCCUGGGCCAGUACCUGCGGAGGGGACCCGUACAGGCCCUCGCCAAAGCCUGUCCCCUGCUGAAAGGUGUUGGCAUGGCAACGGUGGCCAUCUCUUUCAUCAUGUGCACAUACUAUAAUAUAAUAAUCACAUGGGCGCUGUACUACAUGUUCAGCUCAUUUCGAAGCGAGCUGCUCUGGGAAAACUGCAAUAACACCUGGAACACGGCGAACUGCUCGGACCGGGCGAGCAACGGCUCCUCGUCCUCCACCGCCAGCCAGCAGUUCUUCAAUUUUAAGGUGCUGGAGAGGACCAGUGGUGUGGAGGAGACGGGUGUCUUGAGAUGGGAGCUCUUCCUCCUGCUUCUGCUGGCCUGGAUCCUCGUCUACCUCUGCAUCUUUAAAGGGGUCAAAUCCACCGGGAAGGUUGUGUACUUCACCGCUCUGUUUCCAUACGUGAUUCUCCUGGCCCUGCUGAUCAAUAACGUGCAGCUGCCGGGAGCCAUCGACGGCAUCCGCUUCUUCAUCAUCCCCGAGUGGGACAAGCUCCUGAAUGUGGAGGUGUGGAUUAAUGCGGCGGCUCAGAUCUUUAACUCAAUCGGGAUCGGCUUCGGCUCGCUGAUGGCCAUGUCCAGCUACAACAACUUCAACAACAAUAUCCUCAAAGAUACUCUGGCCAUUUCCAUCACCAACUCCUUGACUAGUAUUUUCGCUGGAUUUGUCAUUUUCUCUGCGUUCGGCUACAUGUCUCAUCUGCAGAACGUGCCCGUCAGUGAGAUCGCAGUGGACGGUCCAGGUCUGGUGUUCGUGGUUUACCCACAAGCCUUUGUGACGAUGCCUGUCGCUCCUCUGUGGGCCGUUCUCUUCUUCUUCAUGUUACUCUGCCUCGGCCUCGACAGUCAGUUUGCUAUGGUGGAGGUGAUGGUGACCAGUCUGUUGGACAGUUACAGUAAACCCAUCCUGAAACACCUCAAGCGCAAGGAGUUCGUUGUGCUCAUCGUCUGCGGCGCGGCGUUCCUCAUGGGCAUCCCGAAUGUCAUGCAGGUCACAUGAUCUCUUUUACCUUAUCUUAC